AUGAAGCCAUUUCCUGGGCAUCAUGCCGUUGGUACUCCCAAGAGGUUAUUCAAUCAAAAACUGUCUAGUUCGCGUGUGACAAUCGAAAAUACUUUUGGAAUAAUAUCUAGCGUAUUCAGAAUUUUCAAAAGGCCUAUACCACUGAAUAUUCCCAAGGCAUCUUUAAUUACAAUGAUAUGCGUCUUGUUGCACAAUUUCUUGAGAAAAAGUAAAACAUCUCGACAUAUGUACACUCCCCCAAAUUCGGUAGAUAAGUAUGUUAACGAAAUAGAAAGUAUUUACCAAUAUACAUUCUUCCAAAUUUUUGGCGGGACUCCAGUGGAACAUCCCGGUGCUAUCGUACUUCAUUUCAGUCUUCUCGAAAUCGAAAUCCUUGGCUUGGUCAUCGGCAAGACCAACAGGGGACUUAAAGAUAUCCUACAGAAGGGGGAGACUGUUCAAGAAGCCAUAGAUAUAGUCUUUGGAGAAAAUGAUGACUUAGACUACCCUGUAGAGGCAAUUUAUAUUGCGCCACCGGAACCUGCUGUCCUGACUGAUAAAGAUUCUGGAGACGAGGACGAAGGACCAUUUGAGCAAACGUCAGUUACUUGCAGAAGCUGAAGUUAGAUUUGCUGGAGGAGUGACGUUAGAAGAUACUCAUCAAUAACAUGCAGACUCUAAUGGGGAUGGUUCUUCAUCAAAAAAGGAUUCAAUUCCAGCUGAUACUGUAUACCCAAAGACUUCUGAUACUCGGGAGUGGAUUUCGGGAGACUUCACUUACAACAAACGGCCAUUUCCUGAAGCAGAUUACUCAGCAUUUGAAAACAAAUCAGUUGUAGAUAUAUUUGAAAUGUUUAUAGACGACGACGUAAUACUAUUCC